AUGGGAAACAUCAACACAACAGGUCCUAAUGAAGCCUUAGUAGUCUCAGGUGGCUGCUGCACUUCAACUAAAAAGACAUUUGUCGUUGGAGGCUGGGCCUGGUCUUGGUGGCUUUUGUCCAAUGUUCAACGAAUUUCGCUCGAAACGAUGACACUGACGCCGAAGUGUGUCAAUGUAGAGACUUCCGAGGGAGUUCCCCUGACGGUCACAUGUAUUGCCCAGUGCAAAAUAAUGAACGAAAAAGAACUGCUGACCAUUGCCUGUGAACAGUUUCUCGGCAAAACUGUUGAGCACAUUCACCAGGUUGUUCUGCUCACUCUUGAGGGCCAUCUUCGCGCCAUCCUAGGCACCAUGACUGUGGAGGAGAUUUACCGCGAGCGCGACCAGUUUGCCCAACUCGUUCGAGAGGUGGCCACCAAUGACGUCGGAAGAAUGGGAAUCGAAAUUCUUUCCUUUACCAUCAAGGAUGUAUUUGACUCUGUGGAAUACUUAUCUUCCCUUGGAAAGACAAAGACUGCCGAAGUCAAGCGCAAUGCUGCCGUCGGAGUGGCCAAUUCUGAGCGUGAUGCUGGAAUUCGUGAAUCAGAGUGUCAGAAGGCUGCAAUGGACAUCAAGUUUUCGGCUGAUUCUAAAAUUGAAGAUUCUACCCGCCAGUUUCUGACUCAGAAGGCUCAGUACGACACCGAGGUGAACUACAAGAAAGCCGAUGCUUCUUUGGCCUACGAUUUGGAGUCUACUCGCAUCGAUCAGCAGAUUGCUUUCGAAAAGAAGCAAAUUGAUCUGGUUCAGCGUAAGAAGCAGAUCAUCAUUCAGGAGCAGGAGAACACUCGCAUUGAAAAGGAAAUUCAAGGAGACAUUCGCCUGGUGGCUGACGCACAAGCACAUGCGAUCAAGGAGAAGGCGGCCGGAUCAAAGAGCAAAGUUAUUGCCGAAGCUGAAGCCAAUGCCCGAAAGUUGCAGAUCAUUGGUGAAGCUCAAGCUAGAGCCAUCGAAGCGAAAGGUCUGGCAGAAGCUGAAGAGAUGCGAAUCAAAGCGGCUGCCUACAAGCAGUAUGGCGAUGCUGCUAUUCUGGCUCUCACCCUCGACUCUCUGCCCAAGAUUGCUGCCGAAAUUGCUGCCCCACUUUCAAAGACGGACCAGAUUGUUCUGCUGAGCGGCGACACUGGUGAUCUGAACAAGAUUGCUGCCCAGGUUCCGCCGGCUAUUCAAGCUCUGACUGGCCUUGAAAUCGCCAAGGUUUGUAGUCAAUAUGUUGUUUAUUAG